AACCACUAACAGAAGCACAAAAUGUCUGCUAAGGGUCACAUAAGUCUGCUGGGACUCAUCAUUUUCAGUUCAUCUCUCACAGGUACAACUGCAGAGACUCGUGUGUUCAGAAGUUCAGGUGAAAAUGUCUCUCUGCCCUGUAUUAAUGCUCUUUCUGACUGCACAUCAACUACAUGGAACUACAACAAACAUAGUUCAUCAGCUGUAGUAGAACUGAUUGGUUUAGGAAUAAAGAAUAAAAACACAGAGAGAGCUGAGAAACUGAGUCUGGGGUCUGACUGCUCUCUGAACAUCUAUAAAACAACAGAAGAUGAUCGUGGACAAUACACCUGCAGACAAUAUGUGAAAGAUAAACAACAUGGAACUGAUGCACUGGUUUUUCUAUAUGUUCUUCAUGGUCAGUGUUUUUUUUGGUUAGGAUUUCAUUUGUGUGUUGUUUCAAUUUUAGUCUCUUCAUCAUCAUCAUCACAGACUGAGACAAAACCAGGCAGAUCUUUGACUCUCACCUGUCAGCUUUUGCCAUAUGAAGACUCUGGUAAUACUUUGGUCCAUUCUGAUGGAAUUCAGCUGUUCUGGGUGAAUCAGGCUGGUGUUAAUCUACAGACAGACUCCGAAUAUCAGAUUUCACGAUCAGGACACUGUUUCAUCGCUCUGAGUACAACACUCCAGAAUGAAGACAACAACACAGAGUGGAGAUGUUUGGUUAAAAAGAUGAAAGAAACUAAGACCUCAGCCAGCUAUACUGUCAAGUUUAGGGGUCCAUCUGACCCAAAUCCAGCAGUCACCACCACAAACUAUGAGACGAUAUCAACUAUAAAUGCAUCAGAAAGUGAAGGCAGUAAGAUUUGUGUGUCAUUAUACAGAGUGAUUAUAGUGAUUGUUGAGAUAACAGCAUUCGCUGCUCCUACUGUGAUUCUUCUUCAGAUCGUCUGUACAGAAAGAGCUGAAAACAGAAGAAAGACUCCCUGAAGACAGUGAUAUCAGCAGUCUAUUAAUAAAAUACUAUUUAAAAAUAAUAAGCAAGUUAACAGGGAAAUUUAUUUUAUAGGAUUUUUAAAGGAAUAUGCUUACAAAAUCAUUUUCCAGUGAUCCUUAUUGUAAUAAUAACCGCUUUAAAUAUAACACAGAGAAGCUGUUUGCGUAAUCUUCUGUCAGCUCUGUGUAACCGCUGAGUUCAAUCUUGUGUCAUCUCUGUAAAUUACUGUUUCAGUGAGUUUUAAUUUUGCAUGAUUUCCUACUAAAAUCUCUGAAUUUGUUACAAAUACAGUGUACAGAGUCUUUAUCUUCUACAGUAAGUUACUGGCAACCAGC